ACGAACUUUGAAGUCCGUCUUACUCCUUUGACAGACAGGACUUUCACUCAUUGCAUCGUAAAGUGAUCUCCGGCCUCUUGGUGCAACUGAAUCUGUGAUCUACCUAUCCCGGAGGUUUGAGAACUUAGCUCCGGAUGGAUGUGUGAUGUAUCUGAUGCUGCCAAGCAUUGUGAAAUGGCUGCUGAUUCCUCUGAUGAUCCCAAGCUUAUGAGCCUUAAAGCCCGUUGUAUUCCUUUGACAGAAGAGUAUGAGCUCUAUUUAACAAGCUGUGGGGAAGUGAGCUACACCCACCUUGCCGUCUUCUACUCUACAUCAAACUGUGUGUCUGUGUCUGCUCUGAAUCUGUGUGGAAUUUCUUGGUGAAUACCUAUCCCCAUUGCCGGAAAAUUCGGGAUGGGAGAUAAGCUUGAUGCGCAAAAGGGUCAGAAACCGGGCAGCAGCACCGCCGGGGUGCCCAAAAUCGAGCCAUUCGUGCCAAGAAAAGGCUACGAUCCAAGAGAGUUGAAAUCAUGGGCCAAGAAAACCGGAUUUGUGUCCCAUGUUUCCGGGGAGACCGACCCGGCAAGUCUGAGCGGGAGGGAUUUGGGCUCCAGUAAUAAUGCACGGGUCGGACUCGAGAGGGGCUUUGACAAGCUUGAUUUUGCGUCUCCAAAGAUCGAGCUUGACCCCAUUUUGGGGAGGACUAAGAGGAGUAGAGGGGUUGAGAUUCUUCCUGCCGGUAGGGUAAACGUUAACGAGCAAAGAAAUGAGACUUUGGGGGGUGAGAGUGAAGGGAAUAGGGUUGAGCUAGUGGAGGAAUCGAAGGUUGAAGAUGAAGAGAGCAACGAUGGUCUGAAUGGGAUGACCCCAAUUCGUAACUCCAGUGAAGUGCAGCCCACUGCUUCAAGUUUGGGUCCGAAGAAAGAUGAUAAGAAUGUGGAUCAUGAAAUGGGGAUUAGAGUGUUCCCUGACUGGGAGGAUCAUACAGCUUAUGACAUGCCGCAACAGUCUCCGAGAAUUAAGUGUGGACUAAGAGACAAUCCGGGUUACGCACCACUUAUCUACUAUGGUUUGCAGCACUUCUUGUCAUUGGUCGGAUCACUUAUUUUCAUCCCUUUGAUCAUUGUGCCUGCAAUGGGUGGAACUGACAAAGACACUGCUACUGUGAUUUCCACAACGUUGUUAGUGUCUGGCCUUGCUACAGUAUUGCACUCAUACUUAGGUACAAGCCUGCCACUGGUUCAAGGAAGUUCAUUUGUGUAUCUGGCACCUGCUUUGGUGAUCAUGAAUUCUGAGGAGUACCGAAACCUUUCUGAAAAUAAAUUUAGGCACAUAAUGAGGGAGUUACAAGGUGCUAUUAUAGUGGGUUCAGUAUUCCAGAGUAUCUUAGGCUUCACUGGUUUGAUGUCUCUUUUUGUAAGGUUGAUAAAUCCCAUCGUGGUUGCUCCUACAAUUGCAGCAGUGGGCUUAGCUUUUUUCAGCUAUGGCUUUCCACAAGCUGGUAGCUGUAUAGAAAUAAGCUCUCCCCUGAUACUACUUGGUCUUGCCUUUACGCUGUACCUUCGAGGAAUAUCUAUUUUUGGGCAUAGAGUGUUUCGGAUCUAUGCGGUUCCAUUAAGUGUUGUGAUUACAUGGGCAUUUNAUCUUCCGGCUUAGGACAUCUCUUGUUAUGAUAAUUGUGUCACUAGUUGCUACUGUUGAUUCGGUAAGUGAUCAACUUCCUGUUAUGAAUAUUUUUGUUGGGUUCUUUUGUUUUUUUCUUUCUGCUGUGUGUCUGUGAGUGUGGGUUCCUUUCUUCAUCGAUAGUCUUGUUUAGCAUUUUGUGAUGUACAUUUUAGGGGAAUUUUUAGGAUAUAUUUGGAAUCCAGAAAAUGGUAGGGAAGGAAAAAACACACAAAGGAAAAUGAAUGCAUGGGUUGUAA